UACCUACAUGCAAAUGGGAUUGUGCAUCGUGACUUGAAGCCAGAAAAUCUACUCUAUGCAACACCAGCACCAGAUGCACCACUAAAAAUCGCUGACUUUGGACUUUCCAAGAUUGUGGAAGAUCAAGUGACCAUGAAGACAGUUUGUGGAACUCCAGGGUAUUGUGCACCAGAGAUACUACGGGGAUGUGCCUACGGCCCUGAAGUGGACAUGUGGUCUCUGGGAAUUAUCACCUACAUCCUACUUUGUGGCUUUGAACCAUUUUAUGACGAAAGGGGAGAUCAAUACAUGUUUAAAAGAAUCCUGAACUGUGAAUAUGACUUUGUGUCCCCCUGGUGGGAUGAUGUAUCUCUGAAUGCCAAGGAUUUAGUUAAAAAGUUGAUUGUUUUAGACCCCAAGAAACGCCUUACCACUCUACAGGCUUUGCAGCACCCAUGGGUCACAGGGAAGGCAGCAAACUUUGCACAUAUGGACAAUGCACAAAAGAAACUUCAAGAAUUCAAUGCCCGGCGUAAACUUAAGGCUGCAGUAAAAGCUGUGGUGGCAUCAACUCGCCUCGGCAGUGCCAGCAGUCACAGCACACAUGACAGCAACAAGGCCAGCCAUAACCCAUCUCCCGUCCAUGACAGCAAACCUGAAGAGAAACCUACUCAGAAAGCAGAAGAAGCUCCAGAAGAAAUGUCUUAGGUCAACAUGCUUCCUUGUUUCAGCUGAAAUCUGUCAUUUCAUACACCAGCUAACUUGUCAUUCAGCAAGAGAGAUUCAUAAGCUUGGCCUCUCUGGUUCUGCUUUGGGGUGCCAAAUGCACUGGCUGGUGAUCCUACCUUCAAUGCAUGUGACUGCUUAUGAAAAUAGUAAACUGUUCCAUAAGGCAUGUCAUGGAAACAGUGUUACUUGCAGUAAUACCGGCAGGUAAAAACAUGGGGAUGAAUAACUACCUAUCAUAAUGCAUAUCCUUCAUAUACAUGUAUCCAGUGUUUCUAGAUAGCAUUUGAAAUUACAUACUACUUAUUUGUUUUCAUGUAAGUAAGUGUCUUCUGUAUGUUGUGAGUUUCUUUGAACUGCUUCCUUCCAGAUUCAUAGUCCUGCAGCAGACAAAAUGGAAGGAAAUACCAAGUCAAUGCUUUUAAAACUGAUGUAUGAAAUAAUGCUUUUUAUCUGUAAAAUUCAAAAAGUAUUUGGGGAUCUAUAUGCAAAAAA